AUGCUGGCGCCACCGCUGCCCAGGCACGUCCCUGGACUGGGACAAGAUCUGCGCGGGCCGCGUGGCGAUGUGCAAGUGCACGCAUCUUGGGACGGUGCUGAGCAUCGAACGCAAAGCAGUGUAGACGCUGCGCCGCUGCCGGCCAGCGACACGAAGGCGGCACCUCCUUCCUUGGACAACAUCCAGCCGGCGUACUACUAUCCCAUGGACGCGUACGCUGAAGAGAAUACCCACGGCACUCCCCCUGAGCAUGGCAUCCCGGUAUUUACACCGACCAUGGCCCAAUUCCAAGACUUUUACACGUUCUGCCAAGCAAUCGAUCGCUUUGGCAUGCAGAGCGGGAUCGUGAAGAUUAUCCCACCGCAGGAAUGGAUCGACGCGCUGCCGAGCAUCGCUGCUGGCCAGUCAUCCAACGCACCUGCCAUUGACAAGGUCCAUAUUCGCAACGCAAUCCAACAGCAUUUCAUCCCCGCCGGCCCCGGCCAGUGGAAACAGGCCAACGUCACACGCACGUCCAAGGUAUGGGAUGCCAAGCAAUGGGCCGAUGUGUGCAAUGAUGCAGCGCAGCGGGGACCGUCCAUGUCGCGUAUCCAGCGCAAGGUCGAGGCGGAUCGCGAGGCGGAGCGCAUGCAUGCACAGAGCCGUGCGUACGAAAAUGCCCCUGCAUCGGCACCGGUAUCGCAGGGCGGUGUGCGCACUCGCAGCGCGGGCUCGGGCGCCGAGGUGUGUGCGCCGUCCAAGCACGCCAAAUCGAACCGUAAAACCAGCGCUGGAGAAUGGCAAGCAUUUGACUUUCGCCGCGCGUGGACCCAAGAAGCACUCUUGGACGCAGAGCGCGCCGCCGGCAUUGCGCCUCCGUCGCCCGCUGCGUGGGACGUAGCGGCGUGCCGCGCGAUCGAAAGUGAGUACUGGCGCUCGCUCAACUUUGGGCGCCCGCCCAUGUACGGUGCAGAUCUGCAAGGCACCCUGUACGACGCGCGGACGAAAUCAUGGAACGUCGGCACGCUCGACAGUCUUCUUUCGCGCAAGCUAAACCAUGCGCUUCCCGGCGUCACCACGCCGUACCUCUACUUUGGCAUGUGGCGUGCAUCGUUUGCGUGGCAUGUAGAGGACAUGGAUCUCUACUCGAUCAACUACCUGCACUUUGGCGCGCCGAAGCAGUGGUACGCGAUCCGCCAAGCAGACCGUGCUCGGUUUGAGUCUGUGAUGGCGGCAGCAUUCCCUGCAGACUCGCGGCAGUGCGCGCACUUCAUGCGGCAUAAAUCCUUCCUUGCCUCGCCGUCGUUCCUGCAGUCCCAAGGUGUGCGGCCGUUGCGGCUCGUCCAGCAUGCACACGAGUUUGUAAUCACCUAUCCGUAUGGAUACCAUGCCGGCUACAAUCUCGGCUUCAACUGUGCCGAAAGUGUCAAUUUCGCACUCCCCUCGUGGGUGGAAAUUGGGCGUGCGGCGGACUACUGCAAAUGUGCGCUCGCACAGGAAAGUGUGCACUUUGAUGUAGACGAGAUUCUGGGGCGGCCCCCCGCGCCGCCAGCAGCGCACGGUGCGCCGCGCAAGCGUCGAAAAGUAAAGGACGCCGAGGCAGGCGGCGGCGCGUAUGUGUGUGUAUUCUGCACCGCGAGCGAUGCGCACGAUAGGGCGCGCUUGCGUACAGAUGCCGUGCAAGCGCUCGAGCAAGCUCCUGCCUCGAAGAAGAGCGUUGCGGCGCUGCAAGACGGCGCUGUGUAUGCCCACCGCAUAUGCGCUGGCUUUCUCCCAGAGACCUGGCUCGACGCCACGGGCGAAUACAUCGAGGGCGCAGCGGCGAUUGAGCCUGCACGGUGGGCGCUCAAGUGCCAGCUAUGCAAGGAUCCUGACGGUGCAAAGCACGGGGCCAAGAUCCAGUGCACCAAAGGUAAAUGCACACGCACCGCGCAUGUUGGCUGUGCAUUGGAGCAGGAUAGCGGCUGGUUCCUCGAUUUCCACAACGCAGAGACGGCGGAUGUAGAGGGCCCUGUAGCGCUGUGCCGUGCACACAACCCGCGCCAUGCCAAAGAAGAGGCGCAGCGCAAAGAAGACGCGUUGCGCCUACGGAUUCACGAGAUCGAGCUGGGGACGUGGAUUGAUGUAAAGUGCGGCGGGAGUGUAUGGGCGGCAAAAUUGUGCGGUGUGGACGAUGCGGCGCGGCGUGUGCUGGUACAGGAUGCAGAAGGCGAGCAAGCCCAGCCAAUUCCAUGGACGCAUGUCGUGCCGAAGCGUGCGGAGCGAAGCGUGGAGCGCGAAAGCCAAGCGUACGUCCUCGAGUGUACAUUGCCGGUGCGGCGUGUGCACGGAAGAAAAAGUAGGGAGUAUGCAGUGUGA